AUGACGCACAAGACGAAAGUCUCGAAGGUUGAUAUUUUCAUUGAUCGAGGAGGUACCUUCACAGAUUGCAUUGGCAUUCCCCAAGCGGAUGGCCAGGCUGAUAUCGUGAUAAAGCUUUUAUCUGUGGAUCCAGUCAACUAUGCAGACGCGCCAACAGAAGGGAUUCGUCGAAUACUGGAGCUCUUCACAGGCGAGAAACAUGCUCGAGAUCUUCCACUAAGUACGGAGCACAUUGGGAUAAUUCGGAUGGGAACGACGGUCGCAACCAAUGCUUUGCUGGAAAGAAAGGGAGAAAAGUCCGCGCUUCUAAUCACGAAAGGCUUCCGCGAUGCAUUAGAGAUCGGGUAUCAGGCGCGGCCCAAACUAUUCGACCUCGCAGUGAAAAAGCCCGAUGUUCUUUACUCGGAGGUUAUCGAAGUGGAUGAACGUGUUACUAUGGAGGACGCAGCCAAGGACCCAUUUCCGGCUGGGUCAAUUGACAUCAUAGCUGAUCCGGCGCUACGAGUUGGCCAAAGUGGGGAUAUAAUUCGUGUUCUGGAGGACUUGGACCUUGAAAGUACGAGGAGGUCACUGGAAACCUUACGCCAGAGGGAUUUCAAAAGCAUUUGUAUAUGCUUGGCACACAGCUACAGUUUUCCCGACCAUGAAAAUGCCAUCCGUGAUAUGGCCAAGAAGAUGGGAUUCUCUAAUGUCUCCACUUCGUCGAAUCUCAUUCCUAUGGUCAAGCUGAUCUCGCGUGGUAUGAGUGCAACGGCAGAUGCGUACCUUACGCCGGAAAUCAAUCGUUACAUCCAUAAUUUCAAACAAGGCUUUCAGGGCAACCUGGCAAGUACCCGUUGCCAAUUCAUGCAGAGCGACGGGGGGUUAUCCGAUAUAACCCAGUUUUCUGGUCUCCGAGCUAUUUUGUCCGGCCCAGCAGGAGGUGUCGUGGGAUAUGCCAGCACGAUGUGGCAUCCGGAUGAACGAAUCCCUCUGACCCAUGUCUUCGAAACCACAACAGCCGGGGUCACGAUCCAAUCUCCUCAGCUUGAUAUCAGUACGGUAGCUGCAGGUGGUGGCAGCAUCCUAGCAUGGAGAAACGGCUUGUUCACAGUGGGCCCAGAGAGUGCCUCAGCCCAUCCUGGCCCGGCGUGUUAUCGCAAAGGGGGGCCACUGACUGUCACCGAUGCCAAUUUGUUUCUCGGCCGCAUCCUCCCAGAUUAUUUCCCCUCGAUAUUUGGACCAACAGAAGACCUCCCGUUGGACUACGAGAUCACACAACGGAAAUUCAUUCAGCUUACCGAAGCCAUCAAUGCUGAAAUUGAAGGCGAAAAGACUCCAGAAGAAGUGGCUUUGGGGUUUUUAGAAGUCGCCAAUGAAACGAUGUGUCGGCCGAUCCGCGCGAUAGUGGAAGGAAAAGGGUAUCAGGCCUCAGCUCACAAGCUUGCGGUUUUUGGGGGAGCCGGUGGCCAACAUGCAUGUUCAAUCGGCCGGAAUCUUGGAAUACAAACCGUUGUGAUUCACAAAUAUUCAAGCAUCCUGUCAGCGUAUGGGAUGGCGCUUGCCAGCAUCGUCCAAGAAGUACAAGAGCCAUCGUCGAUGACUCUGAGCUCAUCUUCUAUGGUAGAGAUAUUGAAAAGAUUUGAAGCGCUGAAACAUAGUGCUCACGAAGGUCUUCGACGACAGGGAGUAACAUCUAAAAACAAGAUUAUGAUGCAGCCCUUCCUCAACCUCCGAUACGAAGGGACAGAUACUCAGAUGAUGGUUGCUUUGCCCAAAGACGGUGAUUUCAAGCACGCCUUCGAACAGAUGCAUUUGCGCGAAUUCACAUUCUUGUUGCCCUUCAAGAAUAUUAUUGUUGAUGAUAUCCGCAUCAGAGCGGUUGCUGAAGAAUACCAGCGACCCUCGACAAACCUAGAGCAGGGAGUUCGACCUACCAAGAUAUAUUCGCCUACGGUGGUCGAGAAGCCCCAACAAGUUUACUUCGCGUCCACAGGAUGGACCGAUACGCCAAUUUAUCUCCUGAAGGAUCUCAACCCCGGUCAUUAUGUCGAAGGACCCGCUAUCAUCAUCGACAAUACGCAGACGAUUGUCGUGACACCUUUCGCGUCUAUGACAGUUUUGGAGGAUCACAUCAUCUUAGAUGUUUCCACCGAAGGCAGUCCUUCUACGGCAAAUGAAGCAGGCAUCCGAGAAGCAGACCCCGUCAAGCUUUCUGUUUUCGGACACAGGUUCAUGUCGAUCGCUGAGCACAUGGGAAAGACGCUGCAAAAGACAGCCGUGAGCAUUAACAUCAAGGAAAGACUAGACUUUUCUUGUGCUAUUUUUGGGCCGAACGGCGACCUUGUGGCUAAUGCACCUCAUGUGCCCGUUCAUCUGGGAAGCAUGGCUUACGCCGUCAAAUAUCAGCAUGAAAACUUUGGCAAGUCUCUUCAGCCAGGAGACGUGCUUGUGUCCAAUCAUCCAAUCGCUGGAGGGACUCACUUGCCAGAUAUCACUGUGAUUACACCUGUAUUUGCUCCAGAUGGCGGAGAGAUCAUCUUUUACACUGCCUCUCGCGGCCAUCACAGGGAUAUCGGAGGGUUUGAAGGCAUAUCGGGCAAUGCUAAUGCCACUGACAUAUGGCAAGAGGGUGCCAGUAUCAUCAGUUUCAAACUUGUCUCAAACAGUAUUUUCGACGAAGAAGGGGUUCGGAAGAUUCUGAUCGAUGAGCCCGCCCAGUAUGCGGACUGUGUUGGGACAUCAAGUAUUAAUGACAAUCUUUCGGACCUUCGGGCCCAGGUGGCAGCGAACGCGAAAGGUGCAGCACUGAUUCGAGCGCUCUUCGAAGAGCAUCCUCGGGAAGUCGUACAAUUUUACAUGGAUCGCAUCCAAGCCAAUGCAGAAAUAGCAGUGAGAAAGUUUCUUCAAAAGACUGCAUUGCGUAUUGGGAAUAAACAGCUCAAAGCAGUGGAUUCGCUCGACAAUGGCAGUCGCAUUCACUUGGAAAUCCGGAUCAAUGCAGAUGGGAGCGCGACUUUCGACUUCACAGGAACUGGACCGGAAGUCAUCGGCAACAAUAAUGCACCAAAAAGCAUCUGUCUAUCGGCAAUUAUCUACUCUCUCCGAUGUUUGAUAAAUGAGGAUAUCCCGUUGAACCAAGGCUGUUUGUCUUCUAUUGAAGUUAUCAAUCCCGAGGGCUCUAUUCUGAAUCCCAGCGAGCAUGCUGCUGUCUACGCGGGUAACACUCAGACAAGUCAGCGAAUAGUGGACGUUAUACUAAAGUGCUUUGAGGCAUGUGCUGCUAGCAAUGGUUGUAUGAGCAGUGUGGGAUUCUUCGGCGGUCGGGAUAGGAAACCUGGCGAUGGGUAUGCAUUUGCAUACGGUGAGACAAUUGGUGGUGGAUCUGGCGCUGGCCCCAGCUGGCAUGGUGCUAGUGGGGUUCAUUGCCAUAUGACCAACACUCGGAUCUCCGAUGUAGAGAUUCUAGAGAAAAGAUAUCCUGUUCUUCUGCGAGAAUUCUCUCUUCGAUAUGGCUCUGGCGGCAAAGGACAAUUUGCCGGUGGGGAUGGGCUGGUGCGUGUGAUAGAAUGUAGGGACCCUUUGACAUUUUCUAUGAUUUCUGAAAGACGAGCCACGCAGCCAUACGGAAUGAAGGGGGGGCAGAAGGGAGCUUCAGGGGAGAAUCUCAUUUCCAAGAAACUUCCGAAUGGGAAGAGGCGAAUCAUGAGCCUUGGACCGCGUGGACUGGUCAAACUGGAGGCAGGGGAUCAGUUUAUUAUCAAAACCCCCGGGGGUGGGGGCUGGGGUGCUGGACGAGACAAGUUUGAAGGAGAGCUUGACGGGUCAAGCUGA